UCGUCCCCCCGCUCCACGAGCCGAGUAGCCGACCCGACCCGACCAGAGCACUGAGCAAUGGAAGCCGGGGGCGAGCAGCUGAGCCUGGCCGCGGUCCGCGACCAACUGAUCCGGGAGGAGGACUCCAUCGUCUUCGCGCUCAUCGAGCGCGCCAAGCGCCCGCGCAACGCGCCGGCCUACUCGUCGGCCUCCGGCGGCCGCGGCCAAUCCCUCGCCGAGUUCUUCGUCCGGGAAGCCGAGGCCCUGUACGCCAAGGCUGGACACUACCAAAAGCCAGAAGAUGUGCCAUUCUUCCCUCAAGAUCUUCUGCCACCUCUCUUUCCUACCAAAGACUUACCAAAGGUUUUGCACCCUUCUGCUUCAUCCGUCUGUGUGAAUGAUGCAAUAUGGAAGAUGUACUUCGAUGAAUUGCUCCCGUUAUUCACUGCAGAUGGUGACGAUGGCAACUAUUCAGAAACAGUUGCAUUAGAUUUUGCAUGUCUGCAGGCUCUCUCGAGAAGAAUCCAUUGUGGUAAAUAUGUUGCUGAGGUGAAGUUCAAAGACGCUCCUCAAGAUUACAGCCCACCGAUACAUGCUAAGGACAGCAAUGCUCUGAUGAACUUGCUAACAUUCAAGGCAGUUGAAGAAAAGGUUAAGAGGAGAGUUGAGAAGAAGGCCAGGAUAUUCGGACAGAAUGUCAUUUUGGAGGACAGUGUUGACAAUCAAGAUGUCGAAUUCAAAGUUGAUCCGAACGUUCUUUCUAAGCUAUAUGAUCUCUGGGUAAUGCCUUUAACAAAAGAUGUCGAAGUUGAGUAUCUUCUCCACCGUCUCGAUUGAUGGACCAAAUAGUUUCAGCUGCAAAUGUGAUGUACAGAGAACUGAGCUCAGCUCGAGUGGUCAGCCAUGAAUACAUGUAUCUAUAUUAUCACACAUCUCUUAUAAUUUAAAUUAAAAAACAAGUGAUGUACGGUUUUGAGCUUUAUAACAUAUAUAUGGAACAAAUUAGAGGGUUUAUUUAAUGUGGAAUUGAAAAAGCCACAAA